UCCUCUGUCUUUUUUUCCUUUUCAAGCAGCACUUUUACAAAACUCUUCUGGACUCGCUUUUAUUACCCCUCCAAGAUUGAAUCUUUUUUUCCCUCCCACUCCUUCUCUUUCUUUUGGCAAUGUUUCAAGAACCAAACACGGCGUAACAUACAACAGAUUCUUGGCUGCAAGAGUUUUUCUUGAAAAUGAGUGUUUCUCUAUCAGUGAUGACAUUUAAUCUUCUUGAAGAUCAGGGAUUAGAGAGCCCUAAUGCGUGGGAUAAGAGGAAAGAUUUGUGUAUCAGUGUCAUCACCAGUUACUCUCCCGUGAUUCUUUGCACUCAACAAGGUGUGAAGUCACAGCUGGACUAUCUUCAACAAUGUUUGCCAGGUUAUAAUCAAUUUGGAAUAUCAAGAAAAGGAGCUGAGGACACUUCAGAUCAGUAUUGCACCAUUUUUUAUGACAAAGAAAAGGUGGAGCUUUUGGAAGGUGGAACAUUUUGGAUGUCAGAGUCACCUUCAGUGCCGGGAAGCAUGUCUUGGGGCUCCAUAGUGCCGUGCAUUGCGACUUGGGCAAUAUCCUUUUUUUUGUUUCUUUAAGCUUUUUCUGUACUAUUUCUAAACCUGCAAUUGCAUUUUCUGCUUGGAAAUGCUAUGCGAUUUUUUUCCCUUGACAAGAUUGUGUACACAUUUCAACUAAAAAGGGUCGAGGCGCCCGGUUUUACAUUUCAGAUAGUAAAUACAAACAUGGAUGAGUUCUCUCCGCGCGCUAGAAGGCGGGGCGCUUUGCUGACGUGGCAACACAUUGCAUCCUUACCUCCUACCUUGUCUGUCGUGUAUUGUGGAGGUUUCAACACACAGAAAGAAUCAACUACAGGACGUUUUCUUCUUGGGAGAUCCAGAGAACACGGAGUUCUUGGCGAUAUGAGGGAUGCUUGGCCCAAUGCUCGUACAAGGAAAAACACGUCCCUUAUACGCACUUAUCAUGGAUUCAAAGGUGACAAACAGGGGCCUGUGGAGUAUAUGAAACUGAUUCUAAGAGCUCUUUGCCUUUGCUGGGACCGGCAAACGCAAGAUCUUCAUGUGGACUGGGUACUGUUCAGAGGCAGAUCUCUUAUGCCCGCCUCGUGCCAAGUCGUGAACGACAACAUUGAUGGGUUUUACCCCUCUUCUCACUACCCAAUAUUUGCCGAGUUCAUGCUUCCCCGUU